AUGCCUACCUAUCUGGCAGGACUGAAGAGUCAGCCCUACCAUGACCCAGGCUCAAGCUCGAGAGGACACAGCUUGCGAUCCAUUGCGUGGAGUCCUCUGGGCACGUUGAUCGCGACUGGAUCAUCAGACAAAACCCUGCGCGUCUGGAAUCCUGAGAAGCCAAACGUACGCUUCUCUACCGACUUGAAGGGCCACUCGGCCCCAAUUGAGAAAGUCGCUUUCAAUCCGGUUAAGGACGCCGAAUUAUGCAGUGUUAGCAAUGAUGGUGUUGUAAAGUUCUGGGAUGUUCGAUCAAAAACCUGCAUCAACGAGAUCAAGGGCCUGGGGGAUGCGUUCACCCUUGCGUGGGCACCUGAUGGCGAAUCUCUAGUUGUUGGUAACAAGACGGACAAUAUCUUCGUUCUGUCACCAACUCAAUCCACGCCCGUCGCAUCUCAUCAGCAGCCUGGCCAGACCAACCAAAUUGCCUUCUGCUGGAGCGGCAAGAAGAUCUUUCUCACAACCGGAGAGGGAAAAACCCGCAUCCUUACAUAUCCGGACUUCCAGCCUGCGUUCCAGCUCGACUACGGGACCGAGCCUCAAGAGUUUACACUCAGUGGUCAUACAUCUUCGUGUCUUUCAGCUGAGAUGCAGGCCACAGGGCGGUAUCUUGCCACAGGUGGUUCCGACUCCAUCAUAUCUCUCUGGGAUACAGCAGACUGGAUCUGCCAACGAACCAUCACAAGCAUGGUGGGCCCUGUGCGGUCUAUCAGCUUCACAUUUGACGGCAACUUCUUGGUCGGGGGUAGUGACGAGGGAUCCGGGCUAGACAUCAGGCAUGUCGAAUCCGGUGAUCAAGUGCAUACUCUCAAAACAGCCGGGCCAUGCCCAGUCGUGUCCUGGGCUCCGACUCGAUACUGCUUGGCUUACAGCGAUUUAGGGAUUCUCCGCAUCGUCGGUGUAGACGCCGAGAAGAAGUGA